AUGGACUUUGCACGUAAAUACUCGUUUGGGAUAAUGCUGAUUUGUGGGGAGGGUCCGUGGAAGGGUCCGUUCAAGAUCAAGGGUUUAUGGCUGUUCCGUGGACCGGAGAUCCCGAAGCUCAUAAUGGACGAGAUGUACGACAUGGAGCUUUACGAGUGGACUAAGGUUGACAUCUCAGAUGAAGCCCACAAGGAGCGUGUUAGCCAGAUGAUCCAAGACUCAAACCCAUUUGAAAGCGAAGCUCUCUUGGACGCCAAGUGCUUCAUGUGA